GUCGCGGAACGGCAUCGCGGGAGGAGCCUCGAGGCAGCCUUCAGUUUUUCUCUCUUCCGACUUUUCUUUCUUCUUUUCCUCCACCUUCGCCUUUCUCUCUUCACAAGUGUUCCAAUUCACUUCUCUCUUCCUCAAUUAACAAAAUGGCUCGCAAAUUCUUCGUUGGCGGUAACUUCAAGAUGAACGGCUCCAAGGCCUCCAUCAAGGAGAUCGUCGAGUCCCUCAACAAGGUCGACAUCCCCGACACCGUCGAGGUCGUCAUCGCGCCCCCCGCUCUCUACGUCCACUGGGCCAAGGAGCACUUGACCAACCCCAAGGUCGAGCUUGCGGCUCAGAACGCCUUCCCCAAGGCCAACGGUGCCUACACCGGUGAGAUCGCCGCCCCGCAGAUCAAGGACGUCGGUGCCGAAUGGGUCAUCCUCGGCCACUCCGAGCGCCGCAGCAUCAUCAAGGAGUCCGACGACUUCAUCGCCGAGAAGACCGUCCACGCGCUCGAGAGCGACCUCGGCGUCAUCCUCUGCAUCGGCGAGCUCCUCGAGGAGCGCCAGGCCGGCGAGACCGUCGCCGUCUGCACCCGCCAGCUCGAGCCCGUCGUCGAGGCCGUCAAGGACUGGUCCAAGGUCGUUGUCGCCUACGAGCCCGUCUGGGCCAUCGGCACCGGUCUCGCUGCCACCCCUGCCGACGCGCAGGAGACCCACGCUGCGAUCCGCAAGUACCUUUCCGAGAAGAUCGGUGCGCAGGCCGACGGCGUCCGGAUCCUCUACGGCGGAAGCGUGAACGGCAAGAACGCCCACACUUUCAACGACUGCCCGGAUAUCGACGGCUACUUGGUCGGCGGUGCUUCCCUGAAGCCCGAGUUUGUCGACAUCAUCAAGAGCCGGCCUUAAGCUGAUGUUGUCUUCUGUAGCUAUUUUGAAUACAUUCAGUC